AUGCAUUCCCCAGAUAUCACCGUCAAAAGCAAGACGCGGAUUCAGCCGCAGUUUACCACAUAUUCCAGCCGCAGCCGCAGCCGCGCUAUGCCGCUGUCCCUCCUGGACGCGACAACAGCAUCGUUUGCUUUAACCAGCGCCAUUUGGGUGUUUGGUCGCCCGACAUAUGCUCAUACGCAUGCAUUCUACUUGGCAGACCACCUUUGCCGCAGCUUCGCCGCCGCUCUUGACGCCUUCCCGCACUGGGCCGGGCAGAUCAAGGCCAUCCAAACGACCGACGGCCAGAGCCCACCUGAAGUGGCAGACUUUCCCGUCCAUGCCCGUCGGUUCGGGCGUGUAUAUGCCAAGUUUGGAGAUGGGGACAGCCCUGGAGUGGAUGUAACCGUUGCCACCAGCUCGACCACAGCAGAAGACCUCCAUCCGUCGACACGGACAACAAGCCAGACAUUGUGGCAGGGCCAAAGCACAGGUCUUUACCAUUUCACCUCGCCUGCCAAGAUAGCGGAUCCGUUUCAGCCCGACAACAAAGACGAUGAGGGACUGCGAAAGCCCGUGAUGGCUGUUCAAAUCACGGAACUGGCUUGCGGUGGCUUCGUAUUGGCUAUUAAGAUUGCACACCCCUUGGCUGACAUCAUCGCUCUCGUAAGCUUUGUAAAGCAUUGGGCUAAAGUCAGCCAUGCUAUUCUUGGUAAAGGGCAGCAAGAUGCAUCGGAAUCCUCACCUCCAGUUUUUGACCCGGCCAAGCUCGACGCAUUUGCGGCAGGCAAUAUCAACUCUCCGAGCCCAGACGCCGCCAUAUUGGCAGCUAUAGCGAAGCUGCCCCUACAUCGAUACGAUUGGUGGCAAUCUGCGCCGGAUUGCCCUUGGCCGGUAGCCGUCCCGGAGCCGUUUAAAGGCAACGAGCCGAUCUUCGGCGGCGAGCUCAUGCCGUUCUCCGACUGGGAUAUCGGCGCGCCCGUGUCUCAUUACGUCAUUCACUAUACCAAGGCUCAGAUUACGCUACUCAGUAAUGCCGCCAACAGAAAUAACAGUAGCAGUAUCAAGGAUAGAACGCAGCGACUAAGUCAGCAUGACGCGCUCCUGGGACACGUUUGGUCAUGCAUUGCGAGAGCUCGUAACCUGAGCCAAGACGCCAGGCCCAUCCACUGCGACUUGGUCUACGGCGUUCGGCCUGCUCUGCAGCUGGGUGUCGACUUUGUAGGAUCUCCUAUCCUCAUGAUCAACAUUGAGCUGCCUGGCGCCGACGUCGCUGGCAAUGGAAACGAAGGCGCAGACACAGACACAGAUGGCAACAACAUGUCCCACCUCGGACGUGUCGCUGGCCGCGUGCGCGAGACCAUCGGCCAGAUUGCCCAGCCUGCCAAUAUCGCCAAGCACCUCCACAGUGUCGCGUACGAGUCGACGCCGCAGCGCAUCUGGCAGGCCUUUCUUGGUCGCAGUCACAUCCUCGUCACAACGUGGGCGCGAUCCGGCAUCUACGAUGUCGACUUUGGCCUGGGAAGCGCCAUCUGGUACGUGGAUGGCGUUGUACCAGACAUGGACGGCACCGUGGUGAUUAAAGAGGCGCCACCUCCACUUGCAUCUGCGUGUAUUGUAGCAUCUACGGGUACUACAAGACUUUCGUCCUGGACCGAGAAUGGCGUCGAUGUUUCUGUUCGUCUCCGUACCGAGGAUAUGCAACGAUUACUGGCGGAUGCGCUGCUAUUCCCAAGUUCUGAUCACUAA